GCUAAGUUGACAACAGUGCCCAUCACGACCAUUGCAUAAAUUCAACUGGUGCGAUAUCACUUCGAAUUAAAAACAAAUAAAAGCCGGUUUUAUUUAGAACAACUCAGUUAAAUUGGACAAACAACAUGCUAACUAAGCCCGUACUAAUUGCCGCCUGGGGAAAGCGCGCCUGCAAUUUGCUGACGCAACGUACAUUGAGCAAUACGAAAGUCCUUAAACAAAGCAUUAAAAAUCAUCAGCCAAAUGAUUUGGAGAAGCGCUUUUUGGUUUGGAGUGGCAAAUACAAGUCAACAUCUGAAGUGCCAAGCUUUGUAAGCCAAGAGGAAAUGGAGCGCUCUCGCAAUAAAAUGCGCAUAAUGCUUGCCAAUAUCAUGAUUGGACUAACUGUGAUCGGAUGUGGUAUUAUGAUUUAUAGUGGUAAGCAGGCGGCCAAGCGAGGUGAAUCGGUGACCAAGCAGAAUCUGGAAUGGCAUAAUCAGUUCAAUCAGGCAAAUGCCAAAGAAGCCGAAGCAGCGGGUGGUAAAUAAAUAAAUACACGGAACAUCAUCAGUGCAAAGCACUAAAGUAGCGAAUGUAAAUCCAAAACAAUUGCUAAUUUUUUUGAAAUGUGUAUUAAAUUUUUAUGUUGAAUUCCAAUCGAGUUCCGUAUGUGAUUAGUGAUAUUUGCAACUUUUAGUGCUUAGAAUCAAAAUGCAAGCUGUUAUUGUAGCACACACUCUACUGAAAUAAAUAUUUAGUGAAAUUAUAUUACAAAAAUU